AACGGAUUGCGAAAAAACAGAAGCGAUGGAUAAAUUUAUAUCAAGGAAGGAAUACGCCCUUCAACCGAUCCAUUUUGCCGCAGACUUACUAAACCCUCGGUCUGUUGGUGCAAAUUUAUCAUCAGCCGAAAGGAUUGAAGCGAUGAAAUACAUUACUACUAUGUCAACCACGACCACGAUAGAGAUUGGUGAUGAAGGAGUGUCAAAGAUUACUGAGGAUUUAGGAAACUAUUUAGCUAAAACAGACUUUUUUGGCGAAACAUUUUUAUGGAACAUACUCGAUAAUGUCUCUUUGGUUACAUGGUGGAAAGGAUUUUGUGGACAUUCAUGCCUCUCCAAAGUUGCAGUCAGGAUAUUGACAAUGCCGUGCACUUCUGCGGCAACAGAGAGAAGCUUUAGCUCCCAGAGCAGCAUUCAUACGAAGAGAAGAAAUCGCCUAACAACUCAAAGGGCAGCAAAUUUAAAUUAUAUACAAUAUAAUUCAAAAUUGCUGAAACGUUCACGACAACAUCACAUACAAAGUCAAUAUCCUAUAGAAGAGACUGUACAGAACAACGUUUCGAUAGAAGGUAGAAACUUACAGAAGGAGAUAGAAGUAAUUGAAAACCAUAUUUCCGAAGAGGAAGAAUUAGACGAGGUAAUUUUAAAUUUAGGCAUUUUUUAGAUAUGUGAUAUGUGCAUGUGAUAUAUGCAGUUUGCUUCUUUUCCGAUUUUCCAAUGCAUUCCACCGUUUUCGAAUAAAAAAUUAUAAAUCUUAUGUUUUCAGACAAUAUCAUCAUGGCAUUCAAAUACAACAGGAAAUGGAAAUUCCGACGAUGAUUUUAAUUUUGCUGACUUUGCAAUGACCGAUGAUGAAAUUGAUCAAAGAAUGGAAACUAGGGAACAGAGACCAGCACGCAUUUUGAGACAAAGCAAAGUGAACAUUUUAGAAAACGUCUUAAUGAAAUCGGGUAAAGGCACAGAACAACCCCAAAAAA